AUGUCAUAGUUUUGCCAAUAUGAAAAUCAUGAUGAAAGUCCUAUAAUUGGAGCAUGUUUGAGAAUAGAUUGUAAAUAUUCAAGAUCUUAUUGUCAUCAUUGUAUAAUAAAACAUCAUAUUUCUCAUACCGAUGAUUUAAAGACAUUUAAAUAAUUAAAUGAAUGGAUAAAAUAAGAAAAAAAUUCAUUUUAAGACUUAAAAUAAUUUAUAAAUGGAAUUAUGUAAUUAAGUGAAGGAUUAUAAAAGUUUUUAGUUUCAAUUACUGUAAAUUAAUAAACAGAUUUUUCAAUAUUAUCACAAAAGGAUAUGUAAGAAGAAAUAAAAAAAUUAAUUCAAUUUUCAAUGUCUAAGACGACAUUAAUUCCUUUAAUAUCUAAAUUAUAAAAUGACUUAAACAAUUUAAAAUAAGAGAUUAACAGAAUAAAUUAAGUUGUUGUUUCAUCAAAUAAUACUUAAGAUAUAAGAAAUUAAGAAAAAAAUUAACAAAUUAAUUGGAAUAACUAAUAAAGCUAUUAAAUUCAAUAAGAUUUGAAACAUUAACAAAAAUUAGAAAAAUUAAAUUUAGAAAUUUAACAAAAUUAAAAAUAAUAAUAAAGACGAAUGGAGAGUCUAUAAUAGAAAUAAUAAGAAUAAUUUUCAUAUAAUUCAAAUCAUAGAAAUAUCAAAUUAGACUUUAAUAACUAAAUAUAAUAAGUAGACAAGUAACCAUAAUUAGGUCAAAAUUAAUCAUAUUAAUCAAACAAAUAUUAAUAAUUUAAGUAUUAAGAGGAAAUAUAAUAUUUUCAUCCUUUCUAAAAAUUUUCUUUUAUAUUUAUCGAAAACGAAUAGAUUAAUGUUGAGAAUUGUGGAAAGAUGAUUCGAAAUGAAAAAAAAUAAGGUUCGUAUGUUUGGUGCGACCCUAGCAUUCCAUUUGAUGCAAAUGUACAAAUUCACUUUCGAAUUUUGUGUUAUGAUUACAUUGAAUUAGGUAUAGGUUAUAAGGGUAAAUCUGUAAAUUUGAUAUUAGAUAAAAAAUAUAUGAUUUAAAUUGGCAAUAAUGUUUAGUACUCCUUUCCAUUAAAUUUUGGAGAUGUUGUUUUACUUACCAUAAGAAUGAAAGAGAAAAAAUUAAUAUUUACAAAUCAAACAUCAUUAUAUGAAGAAGUAAAUAAAUUAUAAAAUAAUAUAGCAAAUAUCUAUUGACACUUCUCAAGUGUUAAAUCCUUUUGCUUAUUUAAGUGGUAGGUCCUGCACUGAGAUUUUAGAUAAAUAAUUAUUAGAUAAAUAAUUAUUAGAUGAAUAAUUAUUAGAUAAAUAAUUAUAAUAAUUAUUAGAUAAAAUAGAUAAACAUUAAUCAUUAUGUCAAACCUUUUGA